AUGGCAUGGAUUUCUUUCCCUAGUUUACCCUGUCAAUAUUUUGCUCGUAAUGCUCUGUUUUCAAUGGCUUCAGCAGUUGGACAACCUCUUGAUGUGGAUCGAGCGACCUAUGAUAAAACACGACCUAGUACUGCAAGGGUAAAAGUCGAGGUGAAUCUUUUAAGGAUUCUUCCAAAAAGAAUUAGAGUUCAAUUCAACAAUUUAGUCACUGGCGAAAUUACAAACGUAUGGCAAAAAAUUAGGUAUGAUUAUGUACCAUAUUAUUGUAAGAGAUGUAAGCAUCAGGGGCAUAGAGAAGCUGAUUGUCGAACUCUCACUGAUGGUCAAGUUGAUGUCAUGGGGCUGAAAAGAGUGGACAACGUUGGUCUCAAACAAGAAAAAGAUUUCGAGCCAAGGCCAAAUGUAUCUAGUUAUCGUGAUGAUGACAACGUUGGUCUCAAACAAGAAAAAGAUUUCGAGCCAAGGCCAAAUGUAUCUAGUUAUCGUGAUGAUGACAACGUUGGUCUCAAACAAGAAAAAGAUUUCGAGCCAAGGCCAAAUGUAUCUAGUUAUCGUGAUGAUGACAACGUUGGUCUCAAACAAGAAAAAGAUUUCGAGCCAAGGCCAAAUGUAUCUAGUUAUCGUGAUGAUGACAACGUUGGUCUCAAACAAGAAAAAGAUUUCGAGCCAAGGCCAAAUGUAUCUAGUUAUCAUGAUGAUGACAAUGUUGGUCUCAAACAAGAAAAAGACUUCGAGCCAAGGCCAAAUGUAUCUAGUUAUCGUGAUGAUGACAACGUUGGUCUCAAACAAGAAAAAGAUUUCGAGCCAAGGCCAAAUGUAUCUAGUUAUCGUGAUGAUGACAACGUUGGUCUCAAACAAGAAAAAGAUUUCGAGCCAAGGCCAAAUGUAUCUAGUUAUCGUGAUGAUGACAACGUUGGUCUCAAACAAGAAAAAGAUUUCGAGCCAAGGCCAAAUGUAUCUAGUUAUCGUGAUGAUGACAACGUUGGUCUCAAACAAGAAAAAGAUUUCGAGCCAAGGCCAAAUGUAUCUAGUUAUCAUGAUGAUGACAACGUUGGUCUAAAACAAGAAAAAGAUUUCGAGUCAAGGCCAAAUGCUUCUGUGUACCGUAAUUGAUAAUAUGGCAUAUAAAGAGUACUAUGUGUGACAGAUUGUCUUCUUGCUCUUUUUGUGCCUCCCAAUGUUAAAUGGAUCAUGAAUAAAAAUAUACUACUUGAUGGUUGUAUUCAAAUUUCUCUUGAA